AUGUCCUUCCUGCCUGACUUCGGGAUCUUCACCAUGGGCAUGUGGUCUGUUGGUCUUGGAGCCGUUGGUGCAGCUGUGACUGGGAUCAUCCUUGCUAACACUGACUUAUUUUUAUCCAAGCCGGAAAAGGCUACGUUGGAGUUUUUAGAGGAGAUAGAGCUAAAAACUUUGGGAUCAGAACAAAGAACAUUCAAAGCAGGUGAACUAUGGAAGAAGAAUGGUGCAGUGAUCAUGGCUGUGCGAAGACCUGGAUGAUUUUUGUGCAGAGAGGAGGCUUCUGAGCUCUCCUCUCUGAAACCUCAGCUGUCCGAGCUGGGUGUCCCUCUCUAUGCUGUUGUGAAAGAGAACAUAGGGACUGAAGUGGAGGAUUUUCAGCAUUAUUUCAAAGGAGAAAUCUUUCUGGAUGAAAAGAAAGGCUUCUGUGGUCCACGCAGACGAAAAAUGAUGUUUUCAGGCUUCUUCCGCUUUGGAGUCUGGCAAAAUUUCUUCCGUGCUUGGAAAAGUGGAUACAGUGGUAACCUGGAAGGAGAAGGAUUCACCCUGGGAGGAGUGUAUGUCAUUGGGGCAGGAAGACAGGGUGUUUUACUGGAGCAUCGUGAGAAAGAAUUUGGAGACAAAGUCAGCCUUCCAUCUGUCCUUGAAGCCGCUGAGAAGAUAAAACCACAGACUUCAUAAGCGGAAAAAUAAUUGCACAAGUUUCUGAUCACAGCUUGAAAUGUAGAACGCAUCUGUUUCUUGAAUGUGCAGUUUAAUUGCUUCUUAACUAUUUAGUGAUCAACGCAGAGGAAAGAUUCUCUAUUCAAACACAGAAAAUUAUGAAAAUCCUCCUGGACCUUUUUUUUGUUGCUUUGCAGCCUUUCAGGUGGUCAGGAUUUCAGCUGCUCUUUUGUGUCUGACUGUAUUAAUGAAAGGCUGGGUCUAAAAUCUGACCUAGCCUAGAUGUUUUCAGUCAGAGACAGUCAGUUGAAAACUUGUCUACCUAGGGGGGCAAAACUCUGCUAAGGCUGAGGUAACGGAGUAUCAGGUGAUGUUGAAGGAUAAUAAAACUUCAUGUAAAU